UCAUCAUUCCCUGAUACAUUUAAAGAUUUUUUCCAAACGCUUAACGAAGACGAUGAUAAUGUUGAUAUUUUAGCAACAAUGCUCGAAGAUAAAUUAAUUCCUCGUAAAAAUGACACCAAAAAAUCUAAUAACAAUAACAAUAUUAAUAAUAAUACGGUAGAGAAAAAACCUUUUGGGCGACGUGGAAUGUCAGCCAGGCAUUAUCAACGACGUUCGUCGGAGUUUCAUCGUCCACAAUCCGUUCAACAACAACAAUCACAGCAACAAUCGAAUCCAACAUUUCGUUAUGAUGUCUCACCAACAAUUAAACGUCGUAGAUCGUCUUCGAUUGCUGUAACUCGAGCUCCACCUGAUUUACAUCGAUUCUUACAAGCGGAACAACAAAGACAAUCGACUAGUGGCUAUUUAACUCCACAAUCACCUCGGUCACAUUUAAGCCCGAAUGCAACGCAAUGUAAUACACCGUUAUUACAAAGUCCUGGUUGUUAUCAGAGUACUUCACCGCGGAUGUUACACUUGAGUCCGGGGUCAUCGCCUGGUCAUCGAAGUGCUUCGGCCAUGAUGGGUAUGAGUGGUGAACCGUUGAGUCCACGUACACCAAGGCAUGAGUAUCGGACGUAUCGGACGAGAACGUCAUCGAUGCCGGUUGUGCCACGACAUAGGCCAAUGUUAGCGGAAAUCCGACGUGGUACAGCUGUACAAAGUGGUAGCGAAGAUAUUGAAUAUUACAGAUUGCGCAGUUUCUCAAUAACAGCAAAUGGUAUAUUUAAUUUAGGAGAUUCGUUACGCAGUCGACGAUCACGUUCAAAUAAUUCUGUCACAUCGACGGGGACAUCGGGCAGUGGUGUUUCUAGAAAUUCGGCAAGCUCAAAUGGUGGAGGCUACGAACAAAAUGAUCAAGAUACACAAUCAUCAACUGUUGCCUCAUAUAAAGUGGGUAUGUUGGGCGCAGCUGGUGUUGGGAAAACAGCAUUAAAUUAUCAAUUUACAACAUCUGAAUAUAUUUGUGCAUAUGAUGCUUCAUUAGACGAAGAAUAUGGACAAAAAACCGUUUCAGUUAUGUUGGAUGGACAAGAAACGGAAUUAGAAAUUAUUGAUCAUCCAUCGGCAGAAAUGUCGGUGGAGAGCUUUUGUGCCACAUAUAAUGUCGACGUAUUCGUUAUUGUAUAUUCAAUUGUUGAUCGUAAAAGUUUUAAGACUGCUGAAGAAAUUUUGUUAUAUUUAUGGAAAAAUGAGUAUAUGGCUACAAAAGGGGUGAUUUUAGUUGGUAAUAAAGCAGAUUUAGAACGAAAACGAGAAGUGCCCAUGGUUGUUGGCCGACGUUUAGCAAAUAGUUGUGGAUGUAAAUUUAUUGAAACCUCUAGUGGCUUGGAUCAUAAUGUGGACGAAUUAUUAGUAGGUAUAUUAGCACAAGUUAAAUUGAAUCCAAAACGUGAACGCCAACAAUCGACAAGUCGUAAACGUCGACAUAAAACACGAAUGGGCAGUGGACGCAGAAUAUUAAAACAUUUGUUAGGAUUUAAACGAAAGACAAAAUCAUGUGAAAAUUUAUUUGUCUUAUAAAAUUUUUUCCAACUAUAAAAACAAUUAUGGCUGUUUUCAUUAACAUCACUCAAAAGAUGGCUUAAUUACUUUUAAGUCCAACACACACAUAUGCAGUAAAAACGUUAUUAGGCAAAAUUCUUUCGAAUCAAAUAGAGGAUAAUCCCGAUGUUGAAUUGGCCAUAUCAUACCAUUUUACACAUAAAAAUGUAAA